AUGAAAAUAAGCACACGGUCUUUUCUCGUUACAUUGGGACUUCUGUGUACAGGAUGUUUUUGUCUACCUGAUAAAUGUGAAAUUAAAAAGUCAAGGUACAGUUCUACGGUGUCCGUUGACUGUGAUAGCCUAGAUCUAGUAGUGGUGCCUGGCGAUAUACCGUCCAACACUGAACGGUUUGAUAUCGCGUUCAACAAAUUAAGAAACGUUACGUACCUGCCGCCACUGCCUAAGCUGUACAUACUGGACCUGAGCUAUAAUUCCAUUGAAACUGUAUCCUGGAUGGCUCUGCGGACUUUGCCAGCUUUGAGCUCUCUUGAACUACAAGGAAACCAACUUACGUACGUAGAGCUUGACAUCGUCGUUGCGCAUCUCCCGAAACUGAAAUAUGUGAAUCUAAGUCUGAACAAACUUGCAUCAUUCUCUCAGUACGCGAUGGGGUGGCCACAGGUGACCGAAUUAGUAAUCAACAAUAACCCCUUUCACUGUGACUGUGACCUGUCCUGGCUGAUCACAAAGAUGGCGUGUUUACAAGCCUGUAAGGGAAAAGACAGACAGGCCUGUUGUUCUUCGUGUUCAGCCUGUUUUAUUCUUUUAAUUUCGCAGUUAAAACACGCACGUUUUAACUGCAAAAGUCCGAGUCAACUGCACGGGCGCCAUUUGUCCACUGUAUCCACCCUGCUGACAGACUGUGGAACGACUCACCAAGCCGAGAUCAAACUACAGAGCACAGAAAAUGGCACCUUUCUCAUCAACGGUUCGACAUUAUUGGAGGAAGAACCGUACAUGAGCCAUAGCUCGGCAAAGAUGUCAACAAUUGCUACACCUACUAUUGCUUCAACAUCUGUAACGUCUAUGGAUUUUCAGAGUCUGAAUUGA